GACAACAAGCACAGCGCCCAGUGGUGGAGGCCCUUUUUGAAAUCCCUGAUGAGCCAUCUGACUGCCUUCGUUAGGCUAUCCUCUUAGCGCAGGAAGGGUGUCUGAAUUUGGAGAUCAUCUUACAGCAAUGAGUUUGGAUAAGAAAAGAAACGUCCCGUAUCACCAGAUGAAGAAGACUCGUGAUGAAUCCCUACUCGUGGCCCGCCCAUUGAGGAGAGAGCUCCCACGUGAAAAAGGAACCACAAGCAAAGGGCCUUCCAAAGUGACCAGCACCGUGAGGAAGCUCUUGGGACCCAACAUCCAUCCCGGAAUGAGGCAGGAGCUCAUCAGGCUUAUUGCAGCAAAAAGAGAAAAGGAGUAUGUCAAUUUCCGUACGUUUAGAUUCUUUGUUGGAACGUGGAACGUGAAUGGCCAGUCUCCGGACUGUGGGCUGGAACUGUGGCUCAAUUGUGAUCGCGACCCUCCGGACAUUUACUGCCUUGGAUUCCAAGAGCUGGAUUUGAGCAUGGAGGCCUUUUUCUACUUGGAAUCCACCAAAGAGCAUGAGUGGCUCGCAUCUGUGAAACAAGCUUUGCACUUCAAGUCUAAAUAUAAGAAAGUCCAGCUAGUCCGCCUAGUUGGAAUGAUGCUACUGAUAUUUGCCAGGAAAGAGCACUGUGGGCACAUCCAGGAUGUCGUGGCUGACACUGUAGGAACUGGACUCAUGGGGAAAAUGGGCAACAAAGGAGCCGUUGCUGUGAGAUUUAUGUUCCACAACACUACAUUUUGCAUUGUCAAUUCCCACCUGGCUGCCCAGGUGGAGGAUGUUGAAGGUAGGAAUCAGGAUUACAAGGACAUCUGUGCCCGAAUGAAUUUCUUUGUCCCCAGUCAGGGUCACCUGAAUAUCAUGAAACAUGAUGUUGUCAUUUGGUUAGGAGAUUUGAACUACAGGCUUUACAUCUAUAACGCCAAAGAAGUGAAAAGACUUAUUAAUAAGAAUGACCUUCAGAAGCUGCUAAAGGUAGACCAGCUAAAUAUUCAGCGAACAAGUAAGAAAGCUUUCGCUGACUUUGCAGAAGGAGAAAUUAGAUUUAUCCCCACGUACAAGUUUGACAGUAAAACAGACAGAUGGGAUUCCAGUGGGAAGUGCCGGGUUCCAGCGUGGUGUGACAGAAUCCUUUGGAAGGGGACAAACAUUAGUCAGCUCCGGUAUCAGAGUCACAUGGGGCUAAAAACCAGUGAUCACAAACCUGUCAGUUCUCUCUUCCUUAUUGGAGUGAAAAUUGUAGAUGACAGAAGAUACCAAGAGGUAUUUGAAGACAGUAUUCAACUCAUAGACAGAAUGGAAAAUUACUUUCUUCCUUCAAUAGCACUUAGCAAGAGAGAAUUUAGGUUUGAAAAUGUGAAAUUUCGGCAGCUGCAAAAGCAGAAAUUGCAGAUCACCAACAAUGGUCAGGUUCCCUGUCAUUUUUCCUUCGUCUCUAAGCUUGGUGACAAGCAGUACUGCAAACCAUGGCUUGAAGCUAAGCCCUGUGAUGGCUACUUGGAGCCAAAUGAGACAUUAGACAUUUUCUUGAGUGUCUAUGUUAAUAAAGAUUCUGUGCCUGUCCUGAAUUCUGGGGAAGAUAAUAUUAAAGAUAUUCUUAUCCUUCACUUGGAUCAAGGCAAAGAUUACUUCUUGACCAUCAGUGGCACUUACCUUCGGAGUUGUUGUGGUACAUCCUUGGAAACUUUGUGCCGGUUGAGAAGACCAAUCAGAGAAGUUCCUAUUUCCAAACUCAUAGACUUGGAGACGACUUCUUUGGAGGAGAGUGUUGGUGAAAAGCCCCUUCAGAUUCCCAAGGAACUCUGGCUCUUAGUGGAUCAUUUAUAUAAACAUGCCUGUGAACAGAAGGAUUUGUUCCAGACUCCUGGAUCACAAAAAGAAGUUCAACAAAUUAUUGAUUGUUUGGAUACUAGCAUUCUCAAAUUAAUACCUGGCAGUAAUCACUCAAUAGCUGAGACACUUCUCAUCUUCCUGGAAGCCCUGCCAGAGCCCGUUAUCUGUUAUGAACAAUAUCAACGAUGCCUUGACUAUUCACAUGACUACCGACUCUGCCAACAAGUAAUUUCACACCUUCCACAGUACCACAGAAACGUUUUCUGGUAUCUGAUAACUUUCCUUCGAGAACUCUUAAGGCACUCUGAAACUAACAACAUUACUGCCAAUAUGCUCGCAAACCUUUUCUCAAGUCUUCUACUACGGCCUCCACCUAACCUAAAGGCAAAACAGACUCAGAACAACCAUCGGCGUGCUGUCCAGUUUCUCUUGGGCUUCUUGCUUGGAGGUGAUAAAAACUAACUCUUCCUCUCUCAUUUUGCCACACUCACCUCCAAAUUCCAGGACAAAGGAAUCUCAAGCUGUGAAUCAGAAGUUAUUUGAGAGCUUCCUCUUUGGCUCCAAAGGGAUCUGUCUUCCAGCUUUUUGGCUGUUAGCUUUUGAAAAUCUAUAACUUAAAAGCACAUUAGGGAGAGUGAGUCUUCUAGGACCACUGAUCUACAACACACUAACAACAUAUCCUGUACAUCGGAGGACUUAAGACUCAUAUUGCCAAGCCAAAGAAUCCCAUGUUUAAUGUUUUGUGCUUUAUCUCUGUGGGACAAAGAGAUCUGUAUUCACAGUCCAAAAAAAAAAAAAAAAAAAAAAAGUCCAAGAUGAAUUCCAGCCCUGGA